UUUGUUUGGUGUCUAGAAAGCUGGAUUUCAGCAGCUGUAAAAAAGUAACAGUUCACUAAAAAAACUAACGAUUUUUAUCAAAAUAAACUUCUAAAGCAAUAUUGAACUAGAUAGUGAUUAAAAUUCCUCACAAUGAGUAGCACCAAGUGUCGACUGUGCCUCUGCUUAGUGGAUAAACAAACAGGUUUUUCAUGUUCACUAAACGAUGAUGCUUUCUGCGCUAUGUUGAAAAUCGUGUUUCCGUUUCCUAUAUCGUCGGUCCACACUGUCGCAAACAAAACCUACGAUUUGCCUGUUUUGGUAUGUUUCCUAUGCGCUACCACCGUUCGCAAUUUCUACAACUUUAGUCAAACAGUUUCGACUGUUCAGAAGAAAUUACAAAGGGAAUGCUUGGGCAAAGAUGAUAAUUUGUCAAUUGAAGAGCUUCUUCAAUACAUUAAGAAGGAACCAGAAAUGCGAAAUGAUAUAAGCGAUGCGAACGAUACAGAAUCUGUUAAAAUGUCCGCGCAUAUGGUUUCAACUCAGAGUGCAGCAAGUGAAGAAGAAAUCAUAGGUUUACCUCAUUCUGCUACUGAUCCAGACGCACCAUUUCAAGAAUGGAUAGGCGCAACAAUAGGUAAAUCUAUUGGUUGCAUGAACACAAACGAAGUCAUCAAUGGCAUUGUAGCUGUAGAAAGGCGUGUCAAGACUGUUGUGUCGCGACUUGAUAUGUUGCUUCGACAGAGUUCAAAGGUGGCACAAUUAAGCAAUUGUCAUGAUGAUUUUGAGUUUGAUCUUGUUAGUAGCGAGGAGGAAUGUGAAGCAUUCGAUGCUAAAUUAUCUGAAGCAGCAUACAUGGACAAGAUAAUAAAUUGGAUUGACGAUAGAGUGAAAUGCGAUGACGGCAAUCGUCGUAUGUUUUUAUCAAUCGAUUUAAUUUUUACUAGGGCCUUUUUAACGAAAUGUAGUGUGACUGGAGCAUCACAUAAAGGUGAACCAAAGAUAGCCUUCAGACGAUUCCAAAACAUAUUGAAGUUAUUCCGAUUGAUAGGCACUACACACCUCACACUUAUGACCGACGAAGGGGUUAUUAUGUUUUUCAGCACAAGACUAAGGAAUUCCAGACAAAGGAUGCUUGCGAAAGGAGUUCGUCGUUCAUCAAAAAAUUACACUAGGCUUAUAAAUUACAAAAUGCUUCAAAACACCAACAGUAUGUGAAAUAUUAAACUCAACUAUGAUCAAGCCUAUUAAAAUUACCCUAUUCAAAAUUAGAAU